UUGUAGUUUGUUGGUGUUGUUGUGUAAUAUUCAGGACAUGGCUUCUGGGAAGUAACUAAAUCCAGUUACCUUCAUCUUGUACACUUGAUAAACACAGGGUUCAGUCCUGUGACCAGCUACAGCAUGGCAUUAAAUAGGAAUCACUCACAGAAUGGUGGAAUUAUUGUAAAUGGCAACGAGAGUAUUAUUAGGGUCUGCAAAGAUGUGGAGCUUACUUUCAGUGACAUGGCACACAAAACAGAAGCCUUCAAAGGCACCAAAAAAGGCUCAUUGUAUCUCACUGCCUACAGGAUAAUCUUUGUGAGCAAGGGAAAGGAUCCCAUGAUGUCAUUUAUGAUGCCAUUCUACCUUGUGAAGGGAUGCUCUAUAGAACAGCCUGUGUUUUCUGCAAACUACAUCAAGGGAACCAUCAAUGCAGAGGCCGGUGGAGGUUGGGAAGGGAAGGCUUCAUUCAAACUUACAUUUAAUAGUGGAGGAGCCAUUGAAUUUGGACAGCUCAUGUUUAAAAUGGCAACGAACGCAUCCAGGGUGCCACAUAAUCCUAACCCAGGAUAUGGAUACACACCGGAACCUGUCCCCACUGCUUAUGGGCCUGGGCCAUACCCUCCUGCCCCUGGAGGAUACGCUCCAGCCCCUCCAGCUGGUCCAUAUCCAUAUGUCCCCCCAGCAAUGAAUGGAUAUGGUCCAGCCCCUCAACCUAUGGGCUACCCUUAUGCUCCACCUCCAGGACCUGGCAUGUAUCCACCCCCAGAGAUGAACCCUAUGUACAUGGCACCUCCUCCCCCUUACCCUGGGCCACCGUACAAUGGAGCUCCGGCACCAACUGCCCCCUCUGGAUGGAUGGAACCUGGUAUGCCAGGAGGAGGCAAGGCUGCCGAAGCUGCGUCUAGCGCAUACUAUAACCCAGCCAAUCCUCACAAUGUCUACAUGCCUAUGGAGCGACCUCCUCCAUAUGCUCCCACCGAUGACAAGAAAACAAAUUAAGAAUUCUGUUCCUGAGUCAAUUCCUGUACUUCCCUGUGCUUCCUACAUCUAAUUAAAAUCCUCCACAAUCACCCAUGUAUAAUAGCGUUUUUUGCUCAGACGAUCCAGGCAUGUAUCAUUUACUCGAUAAACUCAUGGAUCUAACCCAAAAAAGUAACUAAAGUAUAGUGUUUGAAAUAAUUAAUGGUAGGAGAAUUUCCUAAAUACCUCCUAUAUCAGGUCAGUCUGCUUGUGCCUCUACAAUUUUAAGUCAAGUCUUUGGUAGAGAGGCGCUAUGUAGUCUUUGUAGUAUAUUUUUGUUUGUGGUUUGUUUUUGUUUUGCUCCAUAGAUAAAGGUAUGAUUGAGGCAAAAGUCUGCCAGUUAAAGUGCUGAUAUUGUCUAAUAUGUUAUACCAGGCAUCACUGAGGUUAGAGUUGCGUCACUGCCCAGAGAUAUUAACUUAGAAGCGUUUCACAGAGGAACACUUAAUUCACCCAUGCUUCUUCAGUGAUGUCACCAGUCCACCAAAUGUCCCCAGUGCCCAUGGCCAAUCAUGCACUGGGAACUUGCAUAGAGUCUUAUGAUGCUCUCAUGUUUCAUACAUGAGCCCAUAUUAAGGUCCUUUCUAUUUGGAGACAUGCUGUAGGUGGCAUCUCGUUCCUAUAAUGGUAUUCGUAACAGAAGCUUAAUUUGCUAUCUGUAUGAAUCAAAUAGAUGGAUGCAUCCAUGUAGCCUCAUUAAAAAAUAAUAAGGUUUACUGUUCGUAUGAAGCUUUAUAGGCCAAAGUCUUUUCUUCUCCUACUGUAUAAUGUUAUCUCAAUCCUUAUUUGUGUCCUGCACAUUCCAGCUUUUGCAAGGGUAAAGAGAAGAAAGACAAGUUUUUUUUCUCUCUGUAUGACUGUUUUUAGUUUGUGUGUCCAUUUGUAUAUUUAAGUUAUAAAAGGAUACAACUACAGAACAUUGCUUUUAGAUUUAUGAUGUAGAGCAUAUUAAAUAAUAAAUCAUUCAGUUAAGAGUUAAAAGCAAAACUUUACAUCCUGCUUGUUUGUUUGCGUUUUUUUUUUUUUUUUUUUGGUGGGGGGGUAUUUUUCUUUUCAGUCUUAUUUAACUAUUUGCGAGCUGAUCCAAAAUUUGAAAUACAGAAUACUUUCACAUUAUUAGAUUUAUAUUUGAAGGACAUUGUAAUGGAGUUGUUAAGUAUAGUGAUGCUGAUAUAUCAGGUUGAUGUGAUUCCUGGAAGUAAUUAUUAUAACUUUUAUUCCAAGGGCUGAAUUAAAACUGUGAUAUUAAACGUUUUAUAUAAAUGAUGCUGUGUCCUGAAUUUAAAUGAUAUAAGUAUUAAUAUGUACAUUACUACUCCAAAACACUUACACAUUGCAUUUGUUAUCCUAUUAAUUACUAACGGUUAACAAAUUCACGGAGAGAGAUCUAUAUUUUGGAUAUCUGAUUUCUACGUUACUUUCUUUCUGAUCUUAAAAAUGUUCUCCUACAAAUGUUGAUGCUUGAAACCACAGGCAAAAGAAGUGUUAUCUUUUUUGUUUGUUUAUAGGUUUAAAAGAGGUUGAUCCUUGGGACUGUUUAGAUCACUUUAAUAAAACCGUGUUGAAAAUCA